AUGGGUUACGAGUCUCAGAUAUCCUUCACACUAGACACCAUCUGUCCAUGGACCUAUCUCGCCAGGAGGCGACUCGCGAAGGCGCUUGCCCAAGUCCGAUCCACUGAGCCAGGAGUGACGUUUGCGAUCAAAUACCUCCCGUACCAGCUAUAUCCGAAUGCGCCUCAAGAAGGCGAAGACAAAUACAGUUGGUAUCGCGACGCCAGAUUCAAUGGAGACGAAGAGCACAUGCGCAAGUAUGUGGUGCUCAUGACAGCAUACGGCAAGGCAGAGGGUAUUGCGUACAAGUUUGGUGGAAGAGUUGGCAACACGCUCCAAGCACAUCGCGUCAUUCAGCUCGUGCAAGAGACCAAAGGACUUGAUGCAGCGGAGAAAGUGGUCGACAGCUUAUACAAGCAGUACUUCGAGGAGGAGCAACAUCCUAGUUCCCAAGAGACUUUGGUACGAGCAUUGACCGAAGCGGGGCUCGCCGAGACAGAAGCGAAGAAGAUGGCCGAAGAUGAAGAUGAGGGAUUGAUGGACGUCAAAAUGUUGAUCCGAGAGCAGGCAGGCAACGGAGUGGAUGCUGUGCCGUAUGUGGUGUUUGAAGGCAAGAGACGCGACUUUACGCUCGAAGGCUGCAAAGAAGUCGACGAGUAUGUCAAGACGUUGGAGCAGGUGAUCAAAGAGAGUAGUUAG